ACGAAAAGGAUGCUGCAUGGGUCGUAUCGAUUUUCUAACGAGUACACGUAUAUAAUUCCUAUUACAUUUAAAUAACAUAUCCUGCUGUAUCUUUCCCCAUAAUAUAUAAUCACACGUACACCUACUGGCACUUCUACACUUGGCAUAGCGCAAAAAUUGCAACGUUACUAUUAUCUUUGAGAGAUUAUAAUUAUGAUCUAUAUUCAAUCUUCGUAUACAUCUUAUUAGUACAGAUGCAUAUUUCCUAACUAAUCGUUUAACUAUAAUCGUCUCAACGAUAUUUAUGAACACGUGUGUAAAUUUAAAAUAACGGCCGGAGGUAUAUAGGAGGAGGCUUACGAAAAUGUGAAUGCAAAAUGAUCAGCACUCGACGAGCUUCUCGCGUUUCGCUCGUCUCAAUAGCAACAUAGUCAGUUAGAACUUACAAGAGUAUUGUAAAACUGUAAUAAUAAACUAAACAAGAUGCACUUAACUGGAAUCUUGUCGUCAAUAAGCGAGGCUUAUCAUUUAAAUGAUUGAUGUUAACCGUGGCAGGUAAACGUGCAGCAAACAAUAUCGGAAAUGAAAAAAUUCAAUCUGGCGGAUGGUCGUAUGCAGUCGUAUGCGCAUCGAUACACGGUGCGAAAAGCUGCAUGCGCGCCACACGCGUGAACGUGCACAAAGUCACGAAUUCCUUCGAGAACUGUUGCGCGUUUGCCGAGGAAAGCGUUAAAAGGAAUGCUCGUGAACGAGGAGCAGCUCGCAGGGCCAUCGGUCGUUCCGCGAGGAACGAUCGUUACUCAUUUACAAUAACGUGGCCAAAGUGCUGCAUAACAGUCAGCCCAGCUUUGAUGUUCGGGGCUAGCGUACCGCGCGAGAGAGAUAGCAAACAAUCGAGAACGGAGGAAGAUGUACGUACGCGUGGUAGAUACCCAGUAUAGAGCGGCACGAACUGCUACCUACGAUUCACAAUACGUACAACUUGCUCGCUCACCGUUUUUCUUUAAAACUACAUGCGUAUUUCGAAAAUAAGCGCUCGCCUGCGGUAGUGGGCAUUUUAAUAUAAUAUAAGGAAAUCAUGGAACCUUGCGAGAACCGAUCACAGGAAAGAGUCCAGGAGGGAGACUGUAGCUUCUUCUGGCAGGAUUACCUCGAUGCUACAAACAGUGUUGAAGUGCCACAGAUUUUGUUCCCACACGUGGAACUGACGCUUCAGAGUGGUAUCGAAAUCGGCAUGUCUUUGGAAGUGCCAGUUAAAAAGAAUGAGAACGAAGAAAACGUGAAUUACUGGGUGGCUUCCAUCGUCAUGGCAUGUGGGCCGUUGCUCAGACUGAGAUACUUCGGUGGCGAUGACAGAUCAUUGGAGUUUUGGUUCAACCUCACCAAAGAGGCUGCUCACGAGCUUGGCUGGUGUGAGAAGAACGAUAAGAACUUACAACCACCCGAUGUCGUUCUUCAAAGAUCACCAGAUUGCGUGGAAAAGUUGGCUGACUUCUUGCAAAUAGCCAGGACUAUUCCGCCGCAAAUGUUAUCAGGGGAUGGACUGAGCAUGACUGAGAGGAUCAAGCAAGGGAUGAAAGUCGAAGUCAGUGAUGUACUGCACCCGUACAAAUUGUGGGUGGCUACGAUCAUAGAGAACGUAGGAGGACGCCUGUUGUUGAGAUACGACAUACCUGGUUCUUCGCGUAGAGAUUUUUGGACGUUCUGUACAUCGGAAUACCUUCAUCCGUAUGGGUUUGCGUCUAAAUCGGAUCCCAGUUGGUUCUUGGAACCGCCCAGUUCCAUCGUACAAACGCAUACGUACGAAGAAUGGAAAGACUUGUUAGACUCCGUACCGAAAAGUUACGAUGUUCCGGAAGAGUUAUUUAAUAACUCCAUAGAUCAUCCGAAGCAUCGCUUUACAGUUGGGAUGAAGUUAGAAGCUUUGAGUCCUGUGGAUCAGAUAAAGAUAUGUCCUGCCACCGUCAUAAAAGUGUUCGACGACGUUCAUUUCCUCGUACACAUCGACACAUACGACGAAAUCUCAAAAGGAAUGGACAUCGAAUCGUCUCUGCUUAACAGUACGGAGAAAAAUACUUGGCUCUGUACCGCGGAGCAUCCAUACAUCUUCCCGGUUGGAUGGGCAAAGAGGCACGACAUCAAAAUCGUGCAUCCAAAUGGAUGGACCCCGAAGGAGGAUGAAUUCGAUUGGGACGAAUAUUUGAAAGACACACGAGCGACCGCUGCGGAGGAGAACCUGUUCCCCGAGAGACAGAGCGCGAUCGACGCUGGGUUCGAAUGCGGUAUGCGACUGGAGGCGGUCGACCCGGAACGCGAAAAUGUCAUAUGCGCCUCGCACAUCGCGAAGAUCGUCGACAAUCUUUUAUGGUUGAAAUUGGACAACUACGAGAAUACAAGACCCGAGCAUAUAGUCUACAUGCAUUCCAUGCAAAUAUUUCCCGUCGGAUGGUGCGAGUCCAAUCACUACCCAUUGAAACCACCGAAGGAUUACGUGGAAGUCUGCAAACAGUUACAGAUGCCCGAGAAGGAAGCGAAGAAGACUAACAUUCUGGACAUACCGAUAUCCGAGCCGCGUUCUUCGUUGUGGUGUCCGAAGAUAUACUUCAAUUACCGUUGCUUCACCGGGCCUAUGAUCUCUAAAGGGAAACUGGCGACGCUACCGAAAGCGGUGGGACCCGGUCCCGUGAUCUUGGUCAUGAGAGAAGUCUUGUCGAUGAUCGUAUCCGUCGGAUACAGGAGCGCUCGGAUACUGAAGGUCCUUCAGUGCGACUCCAAGCCGGAUCCUGGAUACCACUUGGAAGUUUUAAAAGCGAAACAUAAAAAUAACACGUAUCGCGCCAGCGUCGCUGUGGUCACAUCCGGAGACAUGGUAGCCGACUUUUGUCGUAAUAUAUGUAAGAAACUGAUGGUAUGCCCGAACUUGUUCGGCCCGUUGUAUGUACCGGAGAACGAGUGCCCGGACAAGUGUUACAAAACGACCAAGACAAAAUUCACAUCCGUGGGUACGGGACGCAGAGGCAAACCGAAGGGUUACACGAGCAUCAUGGUACAAAAGCCGAAGCCGUGGGGUGGCAGGCGGAAGAGAAGACGCGGCAGAUGGGCGAACAGAGAAAAGGAACUGCACGAGGAGUUCGAACACGAGGAGGAGAUGCCGUUCAUGUCGUUGGACUUGGUGAAACACGCGGACGGAUCAGGAAUCGAGGAGACGCUCGAUGGAAGGCCGCCACUUUCCGAGAUAGACAUAAUGAUUCAGAAGGAUUUGGAGAAAGGGGAGAAGUCAGACGAAUUCAAGACCGAGCCUCCUUCCAGCAACGCGUCUGACGAUUCCGGAAGUUCGUUUAACGACAAUAGGAAGUCGAAGGACGGAGGUAGUCCCAGCAGUUUGGGCAAACAGCACUCCUCGAAGUUCAGCCAAAGUUCCACGGUCACCAGGGCGAGUAAACGAGAGCGCGAUUGGGACACGAGCAUCGAGUCCGACGGCUCGGACGGGGACUCGGAAUACGUGAGAAUGCAGAAGAAGCAGAGACGACCAAAAACUCGCAAGCUCGAUUCGAAUCCACUGUUUUGGAGCGUGGACGACGUUUUCAGAUAUCUGAGGAAGACGAACGAUUGCAAAGACAUCGCGUAUCGAGUGAGACAAGAGGAAAUCGACGGGCUAGCGUUUUUACUAUUGAAUCUACCAUCUCUGACGCAGCACAUGAAACUGCGGACCAGUUUAGCCAUGAAGCUGUGUCGUCACGUCGAACAAGUCAAAGUCACGUUCUUCUUACGACACAUAAAUGAAGUAGAACCGGAACAGUAUCAAAUUGUAUAAUUCCAAUUGAUAGGUAACAAUUUAACUCUAUUAUUUAUAUAGUGUAAUAUAACGACGGACGUUGACGCGUUAUAAUUGUAUAAAUAACGGCGAGAGUUUUAAUUUAUACACGUAUUACGAUGCAAGACUGCAUUACCUUUAAAAGUACAUCGUAUAUCUAAAUUAUACUCAUGUAUAUUUAAAUUAUUUUUCUUAUGUCAUACGUUUUUUUGACGUUUAAGCAACUAACAUUUUGAGAAUUUUUUUUCGUUUUCGAAGUGUAUAAAUAAUUGUAUAAAGUAACACAGAUGUUUUAUCGUUGAUCUUACUGUUAUUCACGUUUACACGGGACAAAUGUAUCAAACCUUCAUUUUGUAAAUUGACAAUAAAACAAUAAACGCAUCAGUGGAAUGCACGAAGUCACCCUAAAA